CCGCUGCCUCCCCGCCCGCCUCCUCCUGCGCUGCUUUGGCGGCGCUCGGUCUCGCCCGUCAUGGCGAGCAAGGAUGUGCUGGAGGACACGGUGGAGGAGCGCGUCAUCAGCGAGGAGUACAAGAUCUGGAAGAAAAACACCCCCUUCUUGUACGACCUGGUGAUGACACACGCCCUGGAGUGGCCCAGCCUCACGGUGCAGUGGUUGCCUGAUGUGACCAGGCCAGAAGGGAAGGAUUAUGCUCUACACUGGCUGGUUUUGGGAACGCACACGUCCGAUGAACAGAACCACCUGGUCGUUGCCAGAGUCCAGAUUCCCAACGAUGAUCAGUUUGAUGCUCCACAGUAUGACAGUGAGAAAGGAGAGUUUGGAGGCUUUGGAUCUGUGACUGGCAAAAUUGAAAUGGAGAUUAAAAUUAACCAUGAAGGUGAAGUGAACCGUGCUCGUUACAUGCCACAGAAUCCCUGCAUAAUUGCGACAAAAACACCGUCUGCCGAUGUGUUGGUAUUUGACUACACUAAACAUCCUUCAAAACCAGACCCAAGUGGAGAGUGUAAUCCUGACCUUAGAUUAAGAGGGCACCAGAAGGAAGGCUAUGGCUUAUCAUGGAACUCAAAUUUGAGUGGACAUCUUCUCAGUGCAUCUGAUGAUCAUACAGUGUGUUUAUGGGAUAUAAGUGCUGGACCAAAAGAAGGCAAGAUUGUGGAUGCAAAAGCCAUCUUUACUGGGCACUCUGCAGUAGUAGAAGAUGUGGCAUGGCAUCUGCUCCAUGAAUCUCUGUUUGGAUCUGUAGCGGAUGAUCAGAAGCUUAUGAUCUGGGACACAAGAUCUAAUGCCACGUCCAAGCCAAGUCACUCUGUAGAUGCUCAUACAGCUGAGGUCAACUGUCUGUCCUUCAAUCCUUACAGCGAGUUCAUUCUGGCAACUGGUUCUGCUGACAAGACGGUGGCUCUAUGGGAUCUUCGAAACUUGAAGUUGAAACUCCAUUCUUUUGAGUCUCAUAAAGAUGAGAUUUUUCAGGUUCACUGGUCUCCUCAUAAUGAAACAAUUCUUGCUUCAAGUGGUACUGAUCGUCGGCUUAAUGUAUGGGACUUAAGUAAAAUUGGAGAAGAGCAGUCGGCAGAGGAUGCAGAAGAUGGGCCUCCUGAGUUGCUGUUUAUUCAUGGAGGACACACUGCCAAAAUUUCAGACUUCAGUUGGAAUCCUAAUGAGCCUUGGGUAAUCUGUUCUGUAUCAGAGGACAACAUAAUGCAGAUAUGGCAAAUGGCAGAGAACAUUUACAAUGAUGAAGAACCAGAUAUAGCAGCAGCUGAACUGGAGGGUCAAGGAAUAUAACUUUUCUUCCUUAAGGAACUACUGGGAAUGACAUAGUAAUAUAAUUCAACUACUGUAUACAUAAAACAAAGCCCCUAAGAAAAAUGAAACUAAAACCAAAUAAAACAAACAAGCACUGGGCAGAAGCAUUACAUCAAAGCAAGAAUAUUCUUAAUUGGGCACAAAAAGCUUGUAUAGUCAAAUUGUCAUGGGAUACCCUUGGUCAUUUGGGCACUUUGAGCUGUUGUAUACUGUACAUCAAAUAGCUUUAGAGAAAAUAAGAAUGACUUAAUAAGUACAUCUAUAUUUUUAAAGAAACUUAGUGGGUUCCUGUAAAUAAGACAGUCAAAUCCUCACUCUUCACACACAGAAAGUGUACACCCUCCACCCUUUUUAUUAAUAUGUAAAAAGAGCUUUUUGCUUUUACACACCACUUUUGGAUUGGCUUUGCAUAAAUAAAAUUUAUUUAAAAAAAGUUCAGUGUGUUUAAUGUGUGUUUAGCAUAAGGUGAAUGCCUUUGUGCCUAAAUAUAAUUUAAUUGCUGCAUGGUGAUAAAGGUAUGUAUUUUUUAGUUUAUAACUUACCCUACAAUUAAAUGUCUGGGAUGAUGAGAAUUGUCUUGAUGCAAAAAAAAAAAAAAAAAAAAAUUGGAAUAGGUAAUUGAAAUAGGUAAUUUGACUCCUUCACAAAGAGAAUGGGUAUAGGAAGAGGUUUGGGGAAUCCAUGGGGAUGUCCAGUAAAUCUGUAAAGUUCAAGUAUAGAUCUUGAACAAAAGCAAGUAACUUCUUUAGGUUUGGGUGGUUAGGGGUUUGGUUUUGUUGUCUUUUCCUAGUACUUUGGUGGGUUUUGUAUGUGUGCGCAUUGUGGGGUUCUUCUGAGUGGUGGUGGAAGCACUGCCCUUUAAUGUCUUUCAUAGGUGCUGAGAUGCCAGUGACCUCUCAGUGAGUUGGUGUCACCUGUGUUUGCUUAGAGCUCUCCUGUAGCCUUUUAUUUUGAUUAAGUGAGGCAAUUGGGCAGGUGUCUAAAAUACAUUAAUAUCUGAACAAAUAUGAGACAAACAUACAGUUUGUUUCUAAACCUCUGGCUAACUGAAAAGGUGGAGACUUUGGACUGUGUAGAAGUAAAAUUUCUCCAUAUUUAUCGUGGAUCUAGAGAGAAGUUAUGGACUACUUUGGGAGCUGUCAGACAAAUCUAAGUGUCUAAUUGGAGUUUAAAUUAAAGCUCUUAGUUACUUAAGACAGGCCUUAAUUAAAUGAAUUGCUUUUGUGGUGGCCAUUGCUUGAAUGCUGGCAAGGCCUCGGCCUGUUUCUGGGAGGUGGCAAGUGGUUUCACUCCCCGCUCACCCACCUAUGAAACUGUCUUCCAUCUGUACCCGUGAGAUUUUCUUCUUAUUCUCUCCCCCACCCUCCUGGGAAAUGCAAGUGACAGCAACUGAUAAGCAUGAAACAUGCUGAAUUCAGAGAUGGUUUUUGGUCAGGCCCUAUAUGCCUUUGACAGUCAUUCUGACACAUGCUGCUCUUGAAAAGUAGGAAAUGAAGAUGUCAAAGACCCAACUUACUGGAAAAACAAAAGUGCUUCCCAGAGAGCAUGCUGGUGGCUCCUCCUGGUACAGAUAGAUCAGUAAUCUCUUAUGCAACCCCUCCUGCUGCUGGUAUUUGUCAGUGCUAACUUAAAGGAGACCUACUGGCUGCUUGGCACCAGCACAUACAGCACAGCUCAUCCCUAGAAUUGGUGAUUCUAGUGUCGUGGGUUGGGGUUGUUCACUCAAGUCUUCUUACCGCCUCACUAACUGAACAGGAGUGGGAAGGUGAAGUGUACUACUUGCAGUGUUCUUCUCAUUGCUUUUCUUAUGCUACAUAUUUUAAAUUCCCUGCCUGCUGUUACCAGGACCCCCCCUGCCUUGUAGGCACUGAGUCACCAUGCAUAGACUUGUGUCUCUCCAUAUCUUUUUUAAGAAUGGUUCCUAUUAAAGGAAUGCAGGUAGGUGCAAAAGAACUUGAAUAUUGGCCUGGAAAGUUGAGAUGCUGUUGGAUUUCAGCAGGAAGGUGGCUGCUGGACAGAAUGUGCUAAACAGCAUGAAAGAUCAAACCUGCCAAAGGACACUAUGGCCACUAGUUGAUUAACCAUGCUUUGGUCCAGCUCAGAUGGGGAGCUCUAUGGGUCACUCACUGGUGCUACCUUGAAUGUCCCACAAACCCCUGCUGCUGCCCCAUAGAGCACGGAGGAGCUGGGGCCUAGGGAUGCAGCCAGUACCUGCUCUCUUACAGCCAAAGGGCAGCAGGAUGGAUAAUUUAUUAUGGAACAAAAUAAGAACACAAUUUCAUUAACUGUACAUGUCGUUUAAAGUGCUGCAGUAAAUACAACUUCUGCACUGCUUUAUUUUCCUUGAGUCUGAAUUGUCUUUCUCAAGACCUGUGUAAACACACAGCUUCCUUCAGUAGUAGCAACUUCACAGCCGCCUUUUUUUGGCAGUUCUAGGACAGCUCAGUCUCACAGCCAGUAUUUAAUUAGGAGAGCCUACAUCUUGUUGGCUUAAAGCUUUUUGUUUGUUACUGAGUGAGAAUAUGUUGCUGGAACCAGUAUGUUUUUAAAUUUGCAAAUAAUUUUUUUAGAUACUUUUUUUUUUAUUGCCUGAGUAGCAUAUAUGUGAAAUGCUGGAAGAUCAUCAUAUUUAAGGCUACUUGGCUGAGUGCCUUCAGAUUUUGAUUUUAAAAACUGGUACCCCCAAAGGAAGUAGAUAACUGCUUAUGAAGUGCUGUUCAGUAGUAGUAAAUAUAAUGGAAAUUGAAGUUUAAAAAAAAAAAAGUAAUA